AUCCACCUCCAGUUCACUCUAUAUAUAGAAAGCAGAGUAUUUCAGGCUUCACAAUCCAUACCCUUUCAUCUUCAAUCCUCAAUUUGCCUUUCCGUUAUCUCUUCUCUUCAAAGUUCUCAACUUUUUACUCAUUUUGCAGGAUGGGAAGUUCUGAUGGGACCAAAUAUGGUGCUUACACCUAUGAUGCCCUGGAGAGGGAGCCUUACUGGCCCUCCGAGAAACUCCGCAUUUCCAUCACUGGUGCCGGUGGGUUCAUUGCUUCCCACAUUGCUCGACGUCUCAAGAGUGAAGGCCAUUACAUCAUUGCUUCUGACUGGAAGAAGAACGAACACAUGACAGAAGACAUGUUUUGUCAUGAAUUUCAUCUUGUCGAUCUCCGAGUCAUGGAGAAUUGCUUGAAGGUUACUAAGGGAGUGGAUCACGUUUUCAACCUCGCUGCUGAUAUGGGCGGUAUGGGUUUCAUUCAGUCAAACCACUCUGUCAUUAUGUACAACAACACAAUGAUCAGUUUCAACAUGCUAGAGGCUGCUAGGAUCAGUGGAGUUAAGAGGUUUUUCUAUGCCUCUAGUGCUUGUAUCUACCCUGAAUUUAAGCAGUUGGAAACUAAUGUGAGCUUGAAAGAAUCGGAUGCCUGGCCUGCUGAGCCUCAAGAUGCUUAUGGCUUGGAAAAGCUUGCAACUGAGGAGUUGUGCAAGCACUACACGAAAGAUUUUGGAAUUGAGUGCCGUAUUGGAAGGUUUCACAACAUUUAUGGCCCUUUUGGAACAUGGAAAGGUGGAAGGGAGAAGGCUCCAGCUGCAUUUUGCAGAAAGGCCAUUACUUCCAUCGACAAGUUUGAGAUGUGGGGAGAUGGUCUUCAAACCCGAUCUUUCACCUUCAUUGAUGAAUGUGUUGAAGGUGUACUUAGGUUGACCAAGUCGGAUUUCCAUGAACCUGUGAACAUCGGAAGUGAUGAGAUGGUUAGCAUGAAUGAGAUGGCAGAGAUUGUUCUUAGCUUUGAGGAUAAAAAGCUUCCAAUUCAUCACAUACCUGGUCCAGAGGGUGUCCGUGGUCGUAAUUCAGACAACACAUUGAUCAAAGAAAAACUCGGUUGGGCUCCUACAAUGAGGUUGAAGGAUGGGCUGAGAAUCACCUACUUCUGGAUCAAGGAACAAAUCGAGAACGAGAAGGCUCAAGGCAUUGACCUGUCGGUCUACGGGUCAUCUAAGGUCGUGGGAACUCAAGCUCCCGUCCAGCUGGGCUCACUCCGUGCAGCCGAUGGCAAAGAAUAAAGAAGUAAAGCUCGUGUAGUUUCUUUAAAGCCAAGUUUUAUUGGCACUGAAUGUGGGAACGCAUAAUCCGGUUUUUACUAUUUAUUUUUGGUAUUGUAGUUUGUGUACUAUUGUUCAUUUGUUGAAGGGGAAAGCGUUUAAGCUUCCCACUGUAUUCAAAUUUAGCUUUUCAUGGUUACCUCACUGUUGUAAGAUGAUAUCCAAGUCUUUUUAGCCUUUAAAUAAAAUAUCAUUUCUUUGUUUGA